CGGAGAGCAGGCGGUUAUCGCCUCCGUCUUCGACAAUCGUGUGCGCGUUAACUCUGAAAGUGUGUCAUCGAUAAAGCUCAAAUUCGCGCAAACGCGAGCUGCGAGCGCGGCGCCCGCGCACGCUUUAUAAAACUAGUUGCGUCAGCGGCGCGCUUUUCAUUACGAAGGCUGCUAUCGGAGACGACGGUCGACAACAUGGCUAAGGUUGAGAUGAUCAAGGGUGUGCUGUAUAUCCUCAAUGUGGUAUACGCGGUGUUGGGGUUGGUGACCGCCGCCACCGGGAUCUGGUUCUUCGUGCAGCUGCAAGAGUUCGUCACCCUGAGGAACACCAACCACUACCUGCUGGACUACCGGGUGUACUGGCCGCAAGUGGCGCCAUGGCUCUUCAUCCUGCUCGGCCUCUUCGUCAUGAUGGUCGCAUUGUGCGGCUAUUGUGGCGCCAACAAGGAGAGCCGAGGACUGCUCGGAAUUUACGCGAUAUUCCUGAUUCUGAUUGUGAUCGGGCAGGUGAUAACGGCCACGCUCAUCUUCGUGUUUGUGGACGGCGAGGACACGGACAGGUUCAUAAAAGAUACGGUGUACGACGGCUACUACAACUCACAGUCGAAUCCGGACGUAUUCAAGGCGUUCGGACGCAUCGAGCGCAAGCUGCGGUGCUGCGGCGCCAACGACGCCCGCGACUACCGCAGCUUUAGGAAUGAUCUGCCGCUCAGCUGCUGCCAGGACAGUUACUACCGCGCCACCUGUGACUUCACCGACAAGGAGGCCAACGAGAGACUCGGCUGCGCCAAGGUCGCCGCCGUGUACACCAAGAUUAUCAGCUCGUCGGUGGCAGGCGCGUCUCUCAUCAUCUCGCUGAUAGAGAUCGUGGGCGUGGUGCUCGCCUGGAAGUUGUUUAACUCGCUACGGGAGGUGGAGCACUACAUCACGGAGCGCAAGGAGGGCGAGACGGAGUGCUAACGACGUGCCGCCCUCAGUCAGUAUUAAUUGUACCGCCGAUUUGUACCAUCUAAGUUAGUAGCUCGAAUACAACGCGACAUCGACACCCGAAACCGACACUACUAUAGUGACUUUACAU